CAUCCUCUUCGUCGCGCCUUGAAAUCCAAAUCGUAAAAGGAAAAAAAACACAAAAGCGGCUGAAUUCAGGAGGCGGCGGAGGGCAGAGAGGAGGGGAUGGUAUUCUUCUGCUUCUUGGUGGACACCAGGGAGAUGGUGAGGAGCUCGAAGCCGGCUGCCGGGAUCUGCUCGAGAUGUGGCGGCGGGGCGAGCGUCGCCGACAUGGAGACCGCCACCAGGUUCUGCUACGUGCCUGUCUACCGGAGGACGUGGCGUGCCAUCAUUUGCACCUUCUGUGGGGCCCUCCUCAAGUCCUACUACCGCCGUCAUCUUCGCCGCCCGUAAGAUACCACAACAGCUCCGGUAAGCAACCUGCAUGCCAAUCGAAUAUUUUAAUCUAUAAUAAUAUUUUUAUUUGUUUGGGGCUAUGUGAAAUUGUAAUUUUUUUUUUAUUUGAUGUAAUACAAUAAAAUAUAUAUAGAUCGAGAUUUCGAGCUGUAGUUAUCCCA